GGCAGGCUCUGCGCGCCUGCGCGGAGCGGCCCUGAGCGCAGUGAGGCAGUGGCGGGGAAGGCUCCGGAGGGGCCGACGGGCGGGUUGAAGGAGGGAAGCGGGCGAGCGAAGUCCCAGAGCGCGCCGCGGCGGCCCGGGUACCCUCCCCUUCCGGGCGUGUGUCGCUGUGAGAAGAGCUGAACCGAGCAGACCCGCAGAGGCAGCGAGGCGCCUCUACCACCGCCCCAGCCCGGCCUCCCUCGGCUUCGGAGCUCCGUCGUGGGGCCCAGGUUCCUCAGCACACCCAGCUCCAGCUGUCCCCAGAGCCUGUCCUUAGCCUUUCAAAAGUCCCGGCGCCAGCCCGGGCCCUUGGCGGGGAAGAUGACGGAGCUGCAGUCGGCACUGCUACUGCGAAGACAGCUGGCAGAACUCAACAAAAAUCCAGUGGAAGGCUUUUCAGCAGGUUUAAUAGAUGACAAUGACCUGUACCGAUGGGAAGUCCUUAUUAUUGGUCCUCCAGAUACACUUUAUGAAGGUGGUGUUUUUAAGGCUCAUCUCACUUUCCCAAAAGAUUAUCCCCUCCGGCCUCCUAAAAUGAAAUUCAUUACAGAAAUCUGGCAUCCAAAUGUUGAUAAGAAUGGUGAUGUGUGCAUUUCUAUUCUUCAUGAGCCUGGGGAAGAUAAAUAUGGUUAUGAAAAGCCAGAGGAACGUUGGCUCCCUAUCCAUACUGUGGAAACCAUCAUGAUUAGUGUCAUUUCUAUGCUGGCAGACCCUAAUGGAGAUUCACCUGCUAAUGUUGAUGCUGCGAAAGAAUGGAGGGAAGACAGAAAUGGAGAAUUUAAAAGAAAAGUUGCCCGCUGUGUAAGAAAAAGCCAAGAGACUGCUUUUGAGUGACAUUUACUUAGCAGCUAGAAACUUCACUUAUUUCAGGGUCUCCAAUUGAGAAACAUGGCACUGUUUUCCUGCACUCUACCCACCUAUUGCUGGACUUCUGUUGUAACAAGUUGGCAGACACUGGCGGAACUGGGCUGCAAUAAAACAUGCCAGUUAUCAAUGCUGACAAGAGCCUAACAAGUGCCAACUUACAGAUGAUUACGCAUUUUGAAUUCUAAUGAACUAUUUUAACCUUCAGGAAGAAUUGUAAAGACCUGUACAUAGCACAACAUGAUCCGGAUAAUAUAUAUACUGUUCAUGUACAUCCACAAAUACACCUUGUACCAAAUAAUGCUUUCUUGUAGUAGAAUAAGAAUCGUGUAAAUUCUAAAAGAUUUUAGCAGGUUUUCUUUCUUAUUCAUUGUUUCUUAUCAGUUUUAAAAGACUCCUUAAAGCAUGUGAGAUGAAAAGCAAUUAGGAUUAAAAGUUUCCACUUAAUUUCCUUAAACCAUUGAGGCUUCAUUAAACUCUUUUCACUUACUAAACUUUUGUAUCUUCUUUGUUUUGACACACUCCCCUUUGCUUUUAUCUCUUAUAGCUGCCAGAAAGUUCUAAAAUCAUUUAGUUAAAAUACUGAAAUACUUAAUAAGCAAUUACUUGAUUUUUAUCGAUGACUUCAGAGGAGUAGUCAUCACUAGGUGCUUUGUCCUUUUUGUAUUCUAGUUGCACCCAUCUCGUGGAUUGGAUGUAGCAAUAACAUUUUUUGGCCGUUGAGAGCUCUUGAAUCCAGUCAUUUCCCCCAAGGACUAAUAGAGUUGGUACUUAAUUCAACUUACUGGAAAUAUUCCCAAACAGUAUCAAACUUUGAUACGGUUUUAUUUAUGUCCUUCAGUUGCCUAAAAUAUUAAGGUUGGAUAAAGCAUGCACAGCUCAGCUACAGGCUUUCUACCUAAUUCCUGGAUUUGCUACUAAAACUGCUAUUUACCUUCAUACCCUUCUCCUUAGUCCUUUAUAUUUCUUUGCCUCUAUUCUUCUAUACCUGCAAAUUUUUCUCACCUAUUGUACAAAGAAAUUGCGAUGUAUAUUUUCAUGUAAUUUGAUUUUGGAAUUCUGUCACCUUAUGUAGUGAGUUCUUCCAAAAUACAAUUUUUUUUCAAUAAUUGUCAAGUUGUUGGCUUUUAUUGUAUUGAAUGAAGGUUAUAAUACCGAAUGCCAGAGAAGUGCAGUUUAGAAAAAUCUCAGGUUGAUUCCUUAUGCAAACAAACUUAAUACUUGAAAAUCACAUGGCCAUGGCAGUAUAUGUAUUGGGUUCUAUCUAGAUUCUUACAUGAAUCUAAAAACAUUACAAGGUAAAUGUGUUGCUAUUUGACAUGCAGAUUCUGUCACUGACAUAUGAUUAAUGUUUGAGCAUAAAUAUAUCUCAUAUCAUACCGUUUUCUAAAACAAUUUCAGCAAAUGGUAAAAUGAGCAUGUGAAAUGUUAAAGGCAGGCCUAGGCUCUCCUGCGUUUGUUGUGAGGUUGCGGUGAGAGGUAGUCUUUGGCAUGUGAAGGACAGAACUUGAGAUAGUACCAGAUGGGACAUGGUGUUUGAUUGUGAGAAUAAGUGAGAACUGGUGCAUUUUUGCUCUGUGGGGUUUAGAGAAGUGCUUUGGCAGAAGAGUGAAAGAUUCCUGCCAAUAGCCCAUACCUCUGCACACUUUGUAUGUCCUUUUUAAAGCAGAAAUAAAAUGAUGGAGGAUGUAUUCACAGUAGAGAGUGAAUUUUCUAAAUCUUAGUCUGUUUUCCACUCUGAAGCAUUGUAAAACCCCAUAAACAUAAAAACCCGUAAAUAUGUAGUGACUGUGAAAAUUCUUUAAUUUGAUUCUUUGGAGCCAGAUUUUCUUCAAGAACUUUAUAAUUUGUUUUUCAAAGACCCUGUAGAAAUUAUUGACCCAAAUGCCAGCACUGUACACCUACAAGUGACUUGGAAUGCAGUCCCUUUACUCUUAAAUCAGAAAUUUUCAGAUGGUGUUUGCUGUGGCAAAAUGGAGCUAGAAUUUUGCUCUCCUUUUGCUAUCAUUCUGCUAACCAAAUUAAAACCUGGAUUUGAUUCUUCAGCAAGUAGCAAAUGACCUAGUAACUCAGGGACAACUAUUUUUGAACUUUUAAGUGCCACUUUAAUGCAGUUUUACUUUGGUAUAACCAUGUGGUUUUUUAAGGACUAGUUCUAGGGGAGCAGAAAGGAGAGCCAGGAAUGAGUGCAUCUCUUUUCAUGCUCUUUUCCACCUGAUGCCCUGACCGUGCUACAUCCUGAAACACAGGCCUAGAAAGAUGUUAUGACUAUUUUUUCCUCUGUCAGAGAUGUCAUCUGUGCCUUUCCCAGUGUUCAUCUGAAAAUGUAAACUUAAAUGCCUCCACAUUUUAAAUUAAACCACACUCAGAUGGCACUGAACCAGGUGGCUUUUGUCCCACCAGGACCUCAUCAUUAGUGUGAGGUGAGUCUUCUCUGCUUUAGGAAAAGGAUUUUUCCCCCCUUACCCUCGUGCCAACCACCAACAUCUACAUAGUCUGAAGGAUUGUAGAACUGUUGGCUAUUUCCUAAAUUUAUUCCAAGUUCUUGUAGAGGCUUCUUACAGAUUUUCAGUCUGUGGUCAUAAUGGGAUGGAUGGUCUCAGUGGCUUUCUGGCCUCUUUUGAGUUUAAAAUCUAUAUGAAGUUGAUUUCCUUGUCAUUACAAGGUAAUAUGCUUGUCAGGUUAUUCCACUAGUUCUGUGAUCACUUGAUUGUCAUAGUAUCUUCAAUGGCCUUCAUUCUCAGUUGUGAAAUUUUAUAUGCUCACUCACCCCCCUACAGAUCUGCCCGCUUUGGGUUGUGGUGCCUGUGUAUCUUUGCCCGUCUGGUCUCCAGUUGGUGGAAUUACCUUUUUUGUACUGCCACUUCUCAGCAUCUUUGAAAUUUGACAUAAUGUUGCUUCAUUCCAGUUUUUUUUUUUUUUUUAGUUCUGUAAUUUGUUGAUUGUAUUUAACUAUGUGAGUUCUGUUGUGAUGUUUACUGUAUUGUAAAGCACCUCAAUCAUGUGAUGGGUGCUCUAUAAAUCAAUAAAUGAUGACUUAGAGGCUGUA